AUGGGAGAUCUUCUGGCUCUCGUUACUCCAAAAAUCGAUUGGUAUCAUGACUUCAAAGGGCAAAAGAAUGCAGAGAGAUGGUUCCAAGUCAUUCACAUAGUGUUCGCUAUCUUCGGUUUUACUUGGGGCUACAUGUUGCAGAGAUUCUCCAUCACCGUUUACGCUGUCAUAGCCGCUUUCAUUGUCAGUUCAAUCGUGACCCUCCCACCAUGGCCGGUGUUCAGAAGGGACCCACUGAAAUGGCAGCCGAAAUUAACUGAAAAUAACUCGGCGAAAAAGAAGCCGAAAACUAAAAAGGAUAUGUAG